GAGUCGGGUUUCAACUAAACGAGCUCUGGCAACCGAGUUCACUCGCGGCCGAGGGAAGAAAAUACUCUUUGAAUAAUUCACACAUCUGUGCCUGGCAUACGGUUAUACAGAGAACAGGCAGAGGAGGACCCGCGGCGACGACAAGGAACAGGCGGGCGGGCGGGCAUGCGGGCAUGCUGCCGGGAGGGAUGAAGACCAGAUAGAUAAAGUUGAGAUAAGUUAGUCUUGUGUCCGGCUGACCGCUCCUGAGUGGAUACAGAGAAAGAGUUGACCAUGGACUCCUUUAGCACAAAAGGCUUGGCCCUGCAGGCGCAGAAGAAGCUGAUGAGCAAGAUGGCCACCAAGAGCAUGGCUAACCUUUUCAUCGACGACACCAGCAGUGAAGUGCUGGACGAGCUGUACCGGGUCACUAAGGAGUACACCCGCAACCGCAAAGAGUCCCAGAAGAUCAUCAAGAACCUGAUCAAGAUGGUGGUAAAGUUGGGGGUGCUCUAUAGGAACAACCAGUUCAGCAGCGAGGAGCUGAUCCUUGUGGAAAACUUCAGGAAGAAGGUCCACACACUGGCCAUGACGGCGGUCAGUUUCCACCAAAUCGACUUCACCUUUGACCGCCGCGUCAUGAGCGCCCUGUUGAACGACUGCCGCGAACUGCUGCACCAAGCUAUCAAACGCCACCUGACAGCCAAGAGCCACUCGCGCGUCAACCACGUCUUCAAUCACUUUGCCAACUGCGACUUCCUGGCCGCUCUCUACGGGCCGUCCGAGGUUUAUCGCGCUCACCUGCAGAGGAUCUGCAACGGCGUCAACAAGAUGCUCGACGAGGGAAACCUUUGACCGCUGCUUGCGGCCCCUUUUUUACAUCUUCGCAAGCCUCUCUCUCCCGAUCACCUCUCAUCUUGGAGGAUAUUUUGAGUUUAAGAUGACAAUCGGGAACUUUUCUCCACGUAUUAGUUAGUUUGUGCGUUCCUCUCAAACAUUAUCAUAACACUGAAGUGCUUUUUUAUUUUUUUAUUUUUUUUUUUAAUACCCAGUCUUUGCUUUUCUUUUUGCUUUUGUGUCAAAGCAAACAAAGCCCAUGCAAAUGAAUGUAAAAUACAACUGUAUAGGAGCCUCUGUGCCUUAAACGCCUUCCUACUCAUUCCAAGGGCACAAUGCUCGCUGUCUCACUGAGUUGAGAAGUGAAUCCCUGAACAGGCAGUUUUAUCUCUGUAAACAAUGGGUUGGAAAGGAAAGAAAUGUCUAUACCAUUUCCAAAUACCCAAGACAUAAAAGCUCUUUUUUUUUUACAUAUAUAUUUUUUUAAACUACUAUUGCACUCAAGCCUGAAUAAGCGCUGUACUGUACUUUUUCCUGCCUUAUUGCAACUAUUUGGACCAGAGCAGAUUAAUCUUGCUUAGCCUGCUUUUAAACAUCUUAACAUCAGUGUUGAGGCUGGACUUUUUGUUCCAAAGUCCUCAAUAAAACCCUUCUACUAUGGUUUAAAAAAAAAAAAAAAAAGUCUGGUUCCUAGCCAGCACAACAAAGAUGAAGUAUUUAGGUCAUAGGGGACCUGGAAUAUAAAGGAGUCUGUGCUGUGCGUGUUGUCUCUGCACUGACUCAGAUGUCUAUGUUUGUGAGUCAACAUUGUGACUGUAAUACACUCUGUGACAAAGCUAUCUUCACUUCUACUACCUGUACUCUCUAAUGGGAAACCACCUAAACAAUAUCAAAAGGAAAAGUCUGAUUAAUUUAUUGUUUAUGAUUAUAAUUAAAGAUGAUUACUACUUUUUUUUUUUUAAACAAUAUUCACUUAAAAUAAUACAAUCUGGCUGAAAAUGCACUGGCUGAGAGGGAGAAGACUGCCUAGCGGACUGUUACUCAAGUUUGUGUAAUUCUGUAUUGUUGGUAACUGUAAAGACGUCCUGGUAAACCUGGCAAAAUGUAAGUUUCAUGUGAUUAAGCCAAAAGUGACCAAAAAGCUCACUUUCACAACUAAGUGAUCCAACAAUAACAGUUCAAUUGUAGCUGAAAACUCACCAACUAAGAGAAGACUUGGUUGCAGACUUGUUUGCUAACCAAACUAACAGCUUAUUUUUGUUUGUCGGUUGCUAUAGAGACCUACUGGCGAAACUAUGGGGGCGUGUCAGUUUCAUGUGAUUAAAACAACAGUGAUUUAAAAAAAAAAAAAAAAAAAAAAAACCUGGGUACUAAAUUGUCUAUAGGUUUGAGUGUGAAUAUUUGUCUAUAUGUGCUCUGCCAUUCACUAACGCCAGUCCAGGGUAUACCCGCCUUUUGCCCCAAAUCAGCUGGGGUAGGUUCCUGUUCUCCCACGACCGUAGUGAGGAUAAGCGCUAUAUAAAAUGGGUGGAUGUCAGUACAGUUUUUUUCAUGGCGUUGGAGCUGUGUUUUCAGAGUGGCCUCUUUUGUUUUCAAGGGGCUGAACAUUCUAGCCAAGAGGGGAGAGGAAAUAAUGCAGAGGUCGUUUUGUUGCUAGCCCGUAGCCUGCUGAGCAAGUUGCUUUACUUGUUUCUGUUAACAUUCUUUCCUCCAGCCAGUGUUUUCUGCUUUCCUUGGGCUGUCUACCACUGCUUUUAGUUCCUAUUGAGUCGCUGUUGUUGGAGAGACUUACGUAAAAGGAAUGCCACAUAUUUAUCACAUGUAAGAGAAAAGAACUGGUAAUACCUGAAACUGCUCCAGUGUGACACCUACAUCUUUUAGAAUAACUACCAUCAUCAAUUUAAAAUAAUAAUAAUUUCUCUUUACCUCCAUGGAUUUUCUGUGGCACUUGACUACAGUAAGGUUGCAGGUAAACUGUAGUCUAUCCUAUCUGACUUUGGACUAGAGGCGGGGUACACCAUGGACUGGUCGCCAGCCAAUCACAGGGCAAUCUCACUUUACCUUUCAUUGUUAUUUUCUUAUUAGAAUGGGGCACUGCUCGCUGUUUCUUUUUUCAGUUUGUGUCCCAAAAUUUAAAUUUUGGUUUCUUCCCCAAAUAUCACCAUAUAACUGUGACACAUCCUGUACUUAAAUGAAUGAUAAAGAACACAUAAGACACACAUUUAUGACAACAAACCUAGAAAAGGUGUGCCUGCUUGAUAAUCUACAAAAAGACACUUACACUAUUAGCACCAAUACAAUUUUUGAGACCUUGGGUCCUCACCCUUAGUUUGGGUAACUGUGGUUAGGGAAUACAGUACCUGUACAGGUAGAAGAGGUGAAGAAGUGUUGUGAUGUCAUGUCGACAUUGCAUUAUGGGGACAACACCUCGUGAUAUCAGGUGUAAAGCUUGAAAGCAGGCUCUGUAGUAGUCAUAAUUGACUUGCGAAAUGAGCUCCGUUUCAUUUAGCCACGUGUUCCAAAGAAGUGUGACUUAAAAUCAAUGUUGCGUGGUGAAAAGGCUUUUUGUGUAGGGGGAGGCAAGGCUGCAUGUGAACAUUGGCCACACAACACUGUACCUGACUGUACUGUUUGACUGUUAUUGUAGCUCCCCACUCUGGGGUUGUUCUAUUGUCCUUAUUCCUAACCACUCCAUUUCGACACACAGCAACCUCACUUCUGCUUCUGUGUGCUGUUUGGGGCCCACGUCACUUAAUGCAGUCAAAGGAUGUUUGUUGUUUGUCUUUCACAAAGGAGAUUUGGCUAUUCCAUAAUGGCUCUCUUUGUUUUUCCAUCACCCGAGCCUGUCCCUGAGAUUGGUCUGUGCCUCGGCCUAAUUUCGUAUUCCGUGAGUGACUGACUGUGUGUGUGUGUGUGUGUGUGUGCGUGUGCAUACCUGUGACAGAAUUGGAAAUUGAGCAGUGUAAUAAGCGCUGUAUGUUUCCCAGAUAGGAUUGCAGAAACUUUAACUUCCUCUAACUCAGCCGCUCUGCCAAAGAGGGGGAGGAGGAGAGCUGCUGUUACUCAGCACGUCGCCUCUUCCCGGGGAAGCAUUCACAAAACAAUAUGCACUUGAUUAUCAUAACACUCAUGAUGAUGAAGAUGUGUGGGGCUUGGGUUUUCAUCUGAGGCCAUCUCAGGGUUCUCAUUGUUUAUCAAACCAGGAUAGAAUACGGUCUGCAAUGAUUCAUUUUACUGAAGCUCUUCGUCCUAUUCUUGUUGCAUUUUUAUUGCUAUUGUGAAAUGUUUUUCAUUGUAUGUACAUAUGAUUAUUAUUUUUGUGUUCCCUUAUUGUAUCCAGACGCAGCAAAUACAUUACUUUUCAUAAAGGUUA